UCUUCAGAGAAUUUUAGCAGCUGAUGGCCUGGAGAUGCAAGGAGGCCAUCGUCCUGGUGAUCGAUGUCGGGAAGUCCAUGCAGGAGACUUUCGCUGCAGCCAACGACGGCAGCAAGGUGACCAGGUUACAGACAGCGCUUGGCGUGGCACAACGCUUGGUGCAGCACCGGCUCUUCUUCUCGCCAAAAGAGGAGGUUGGCCUCGUUUUUUUUGGCGCCCAAGAGACCAGCAACGAUCUCCAGGAUGGGUUGCAUCAACUAAGUGCAGUGUCCCACCGAAGUCAGAACUAA